AUGUGGCUUCGCACAAUAGCGACAGUCCUUGUUUUAUUGUAUUUUUGGGGGGACUCGCUGGCAGGGUUUCCAAAUCAGAUCAACAUUGGUGGACUGUUCAUGCGCUCUACAGUGCAGGAGCACAGCGCCUUCAGGUUUGCUGUCCAGCUGUAUAACACCAACCAGAAUGUGACGGAGAAACCCUUCCACCUCAAUUACAAUGUUGACAACCUGGAGUCCUCCAACAGUUUCUCUGUCACACACGCCUUCUGCUCCCAGUUCUCCCGAGGAGUUUACGCCAUCUUCGGCUUCUACGACAGGAAGUCCAUGAACACGCUGACCUCCUUCUGCGGGGCGCUGCACACCUCCUUCAUUACGCCCAGCUUCCCCAUCGAUGCUGACGUGCAGUUUGUCAUCCAGAUGAGGCCGAGUUUGCGAGGAGCUGUUCUCAGUCUGCUGGACCAUUAUAAGUGGGAGAAGUUUGUCUACCUUUACGACACUGACAGAGGUUUUGCAAUCCUCCAGGCCAUCAUGGAGUCGGCUGUAGCCAAUAACUGGCAGGUGACAGCUCGCUCGGUCGGGAACAUUGUGGACCCCACAGAGUACAGACGCAUCAUCGAGGAGAUGGACCGCCGGCAGGAGAAACGCUUUCUCAUUGACUGCGAGGUGGACAGGAUCAACUCCAUACUGGAGCAGGUGGUGACCUCGGGAAAAAACAGCAGAGGAUACCACUAUAUCCUUGCCAACCUGGGUUUUUCCAACAUGAGCCUGGACAGGGUCUUUUCUGGUGGAGCCAACAUCACAGGCUUUCAGAUCAUCAACCCAGACAGCCCCAUCGUCCAGCAGUUCCUCCAGCGUUGGGAGCGCCUGGAUGAAAGAGAAUUUCCAGAAGCCAAAAACACACCACUGAAGUACACAUCAGCACUGACCCACGAUGCCAUUCUUGUGAUUGCGGAGGCCUUCCGGUACCUUCGGCGCCAGCGAGUGGACGUGUCUCGCAGGGGGAGUGCCGGCGACUGCCUUGCCAACCCUGCUGUGCCCUGGAGCCAAGGCAUUGACAUAGAGAGAGCCCUGAAAAUGGUCCAAGUACCAGGUAUGACAGGAAACAUCCAGUUUGACACAUUUGGUCGUCGAUCUAAUUACACAAUUGAUGUGUACGAGAUGAAGACAGGAGGCCCAAGGAAGAUCGGCUACUGGAAUGAGUACGAAAAAUUUGUAUAUAUUAUGGAUCAGCAGGUCACCAACGAGUCCUCUUCUGUGGAAAACCGAACAAUUGUGGUCACUACUAUUAUGGAAGCUCCGUAUGUGAUGUACAAGAAAAACUAUAUGCAGAUGGAUGGGAAUGACAGAUAUGAAGGCUACUGUGUCGAUUUAGCUUCUGAAAUUGCAAAACAUGUGGGGAUAAGAUAUAAACUGUCAGUAGUUCCCGAUGGGAAGUACGGAGCCAGAGAUCCAGAGACCAAGACGUGGAAUGGGAUGGUGGGUGAACUGGUUUAUGGGAGAGCUGACAUAGCCGUGGCUCCUCUAACUAUAACGUUGGUACGGGAAGAAGUGAUAGACUUCUCUAAGCCCUUUAUGAGCUUGGGCAUCUCCAUUAUGAUUAAGAAGCCUCAAAAGUCCAAGCCUGGGGUGUUUUCCUUCCUGGACCCACUGGCCUAUGAGAUUUGGAUGUGUAUAGUUUUUGCCUAUAUCGGCGUGAGUGUGGUGCUCUUCCUGGUGAGCCGCUUCAGCCCUUACGAGUGGCACUUGGACGAGAAUGAUGAGGUCAAAGACCCUCAGAGCCCCCCAGACCCGCCAAACGACUUUGGGAUUUUUAAUAGCCUGUGGUUCUCCCUGGGUGCCUUCAUGCAGCAAGGAUGCGAUAUCUCACCAAGGUCUCUGUCCGGGCGUAUCGUCGGAGGAGUGUGGUGGUUCUUCACCCUCAUCAUCAUCUCCUCCUACACGGCUAACCUGGCUGCCUUCCUCACCGUGGAGAGAAUGGUUUCUCCCAUCGAGAGUGCAGAGGACCUGGCCAAGCAGACAGAGAUUGCCUAUGGGACGUUAGACUCAGGCUCCACCAAGGAGUUCUUUAGGCGCUCCAAAAUAGCAGUUUAUGAGAAAAUGUGGUCAUACAUGAAAUCAGCCGAACCCUCAGUCUUUGCCAAGACAACACCAGAUGGGGUUUCUCGAGUACGAAAGUCGAAGGGAAAGUUUGCCUUUCUUCUCGAAUCCACCAUGAACGAGUACAUAGAGCAGCGGAAGCCAUGUGACACCAUGAAAGUGGGCGGCAACCUCGACUCAAAGGGCUAUGGCGUGGCUACACCUAAAGGCUCUGCAUUAAGAAAUGCUGUUAACCUGGCAGUGUUAAAACUGAAUGAGCAAGGCCUCUUGGACAAAUUGAAAAACAAAUGGUGGUACGACAAGGGAGAGUGCGGCAGCGGGGGAGGUGACUCUAAGGACAAGACAAGUGCACUAAGCCUGAGCAACGUGGCAGGAGUCUUCUAUAUUCUGGUUGGGGGGCUUGGCCUGGCUAUGACUGUGGCUUUGAUAGAGUUCUGCUAUAAGUCACGGCAAGAAACUAAAAAACUGAAGCUGGCAAAGAAUUCCCAAAACUUUAAGCCAGCCCCUCCGGCAAACACCCAGAAUUUUGCCACGUACCGUGAAGGCUACAACGUGUACGGGACAGAGAGUGUUAAAAUCUAGAGGAGGUGAAACGUGUCGAUUCCCGCUGGAGCGUCUGGAUGGAAACAGCCACUCUGUGUGACCCCGACACCCUGAGGCUGGCAUCCUGGAGGCCACAGCCUUCUUUGUCAUCAGCUUGGACCCAAGCCUACAAGUCAACAAGUCAACAAGUGCUCAUUAUGGGUUGUGAGGCCUGUCACACUAACAGAGGGCAAUGACGCAACAGGACCUUUGCUUCUGGAAACAUGAGAUUUGCCUCUUGUAGUGCCUUAUGGAGCAUUUCGGCGUCAUUGCAAUGCAAUUCAAAUUUAAUUCACUUGAAAAAAAUAAUGUGGAACUACGGCAGAACAUUGCUUCAAAUGACAAUUAGAUGAACUGUUGUAAUUUCAGUUGUUUUCUAUUUUGAAGAAG